UAAAAUUUAAUAUAAAUAAAUAAAAAUAUAUACAACAAAUAUUUCAUAAAAAAUCCUUAAAAUAUAUGAAAAAAGGAUAUAAAAAAAAGUAAAUUUAAAUAUUUCCUUAAUUAAAAAAGUAGAAGAAAAAAAAGAAAUAAAUGAAAAUUAGUGCUAAAAUAUAAAAUAUAUAUUUAUGUAUACAUAAGGAUUACACAAUUACAUACAAAUACGCCAUUUUGGAUUUUUUUCCUUCUUUACUACAACAAAAAUAAAAAAGGACCUCCAAACAAAAAAGGAGAAAAGCGAAAAAUCAAAAGAGAGAGAGGAGCAGUCAGUUUAACAUAAGCAAAUAACAAAUAAAUAAAAUGAAAUAACAAAAAAAAAAAACACUAAAAUAACGGAAUAACAGAAUAAAACGAGGACUGUAUAAAAUAAAAGCUUACUCCCUCCCUACCAAGUAUCUACAUUGAAUCAAAACAACGUAAAAAUUCCCUAAAACGUAACGAGAAACAUGAGAAAUUGUUGCCCAUAAUUUGUGUUUCGUUAAAAAAGGCAUAAACAACUUUUGGAAUAUUAUUUUUAUUUUAUGUUUGUUUUUGUUAUUGUUAUUAUUCCCGCCAUCAAAGUGAUUCAGAUUUAAUUAAUCAUUUGCAAAAUCAUCCCUACUUCUCUUAACACCCCUCCUACUUUAACUGUAAUAAAACAAAAAAAAAUUUCGUUUUAUCAAGACAUUAUUAUCAUCAAUAGCUUCUGUUAAAACAUUCCUGGUUAGUAGUGACACGUUCUACUUUCCAACAUUUAUGCCUGCCUAGAAAAUCAUCUGCACUUUAACGAAAUGUUGACUGCUGCUGCUGCAUCUACUAGCGAGGGUUUUGGCCAAGGGCUGAACUAUGCUUCACAAACUCAUCACAAACAUCGAAAAUUUAUGAAAACAUCUCGUCAGGUUUCAUCAACGACAAGAACACGCCGAAAACCAUUUGGAUUACUGGUCUUUGCAUCUUCCACAAGAUGUCUAUCAUCGUUAUCUUAUGGAUUACUACUGCUUUUUGUCGUUACGCUUAGUUGUUGCGUUAAUAACGCUUAUGGGCGUGCACCACCUGAGCCCUAUUAUGGUCGUUUCAUCGGACAGUUUACAAAUUUUGCCCAUGGCAUAAAGGGUUCCAUUUAUGCCGUGGAUGAAUCAACAUUAUUUAUCAAAUCAUUUGCUUAUGAUGGUACGGGACCGGAUGCAUUCUUUUGGGUGGGUAAAACACCACGUCCAAGUCCAGAGGGAUUCAUUAUACCCUACCCAGAGGAUUAUACGGGAAUUGAUCCCCCCAUAUUAAAGGCUCACAAUAAUACGGACAUCAUACUGCGUUUGCCUAUGGGAAAAAGGAUUAAGGAUAUAAGAUGGCUCUCAGUAUGGUGUAGACGUUUCACGGUUGAUUUUGGUGAAGUUUUCAUCCCACCGGGCAUAGAUGUGCCCAAGCCACGCGUUUUACCGGAAUUCAAACGAUUAGCUCACGGUUUAAGAUCGAGCAAUAUCAGUGUCUUAGAUGCCAAAACAUUUUAUAUACCAAAUCUACAUUACGAUGGUGCCGGACCAGAUGCCUACUUUUGGGUGGGCAAUGGUACGGAACCGAAUAUUAUGGGUAUUAAGGUGCCCAACGAAAUCGGUUCCUUAGAACCUCUACGUGGCUAUCAGGGAGAAGAUAUUGAAAUUCAAUUGCCCGGUUCCCUGACCGUUUACGAUAUUGACUGGCUUUCGGUUUGGUGCGUUGAGUAUAGACAUAAUUUCGGUCAUAUUUUUAUACCCAAAGAUUUAGAUGUACCACCAGCUUUGGGACAAACUAAAAUAACCCCUCCAUGGUGGUAUUCUCCUACUACUACAACUCCACGUCCUUCCUACUCCAACUGCCGGGAAUUGUUGCCCAACAAGUUGCAGGUGAAAUGGGAGUUACAAGGAGAGUACAUACAAAUUGAUUUGUAUGGUCGCAUUAAUGAAGAUCAGUAUAUGGCAUUUGGUUUGUCGGGGGCCAAUGGUCGGGCACAAAUGUCUCAGUCCGAUGUAGUGGUGGCAUUCUAUGAUACAACGGCUCGUGUAUUCCGAGCAGAGGAUUAUUUCUUGUCUGAUUUAUCGCAGUGCGAUGGCCAAAAUGGUGCUUGUCCGGAUGAGAGAAUAGGGGCUCGCAACGAUGUGGUGGUUUUAAGUGGCGAUCGUAAGAAUGGCGUUACCACUAUUAGAUAUAAACGUCUUUUGCAAACCAAUGAAGCUAUUUAUGAUGUACCCAUUCCCACAGAACGUGAAGUGUCCGUUAUAGCGGCCAUUGGUCCUUUGAAUAAUCGCAAAGAGGCCAAUGCUCAUUCUCACACUCCCAGCGACCAUAAUGUCGAUGACAUACGCAUUAAUUUCUCCUCAAAGAAUGAUAAUACCUGCAAAACUUCACUGUACAGUGUUAAGGAUGAGAGUGGUCCCACGGCUUGGCCUACACGUAAAAUCGAUAAUGAAAAUACUUUUACGGCUAGAAUUGGUCCAACCGGUGGUAAACGUGGCUACACUCCCAUCACUGGCGAACCGUCUUGGGGUAUUGCUUGGUAUAUUAACGAUUUACUGAUACCCGAAAUCACCGUGGAACGUGGUAAAACUUAUGAAUUCUUUGUGGAGGGUGGUGAUAAUCCCAGCCAACCUGCCAGAUACCAUCCAUUUUAUAUUACUGACUCGCCUGAGGGAGGCAUUGGCCAAAAGACUGGUUUGGAAUUGACUAAACAAAAAGCAUAUGCUGGCGUUGAAUACGACGAAGAUGGAAGUCCUAUACCCACUGCUGCUGGUCGCUAUUGUGAGUGGACACACAAAACCAUAGAUCGUUCAGCCGAAAUUGAAACAUUCGAAGAAUACAUGAAAACUCUUACCCUGUUAUGCGAAGAAGGUGACCCGGGUUAUCUUAAUUGGACGGUGCCCAUGGACGCUCCAAAUGUGCUGUACUAUCAGUGCUUUACCCACAAUCAUUUGGGUUGGAAGAUCAAUGUUAUUAACAAUAAAGAAUCAGCCGGUUCUGUACAUCAUUCCUCCGUUACCUAUACAAUAAUGCCCUGUCUUUUGACAAUAAUCUUUAGCCUGGUUGUAAGAAAGAUAUUCACACAAAUACAAUUUAUUGCCUGAUAGUAAUUAAAACAACAGCAAAUAUAUUUUUAAAAUUUAAGUUCAACAAAUCAUUUAGAAAAUCAAAUAUAAAAAUAAUUUAACAGAGUUUUUUCUAACAAAACUUAAACCAAUAUGAAGACAUAAA